CUUAAAUAUAUCGGAUAUGUUUCUUUUGGUUUGGAACAAUAAUCAGCUGAAGAUUAGCAGAAACGGUACUAAUGGCACACAAUCUCAACCUGGUGCAUAUCUCUGCUCCCUUCAAUGGAUUUCAUACCACCAUUCAGAUUUCUUUCAAGUUUCCUCAAUUGGGUUUUCCGGGUUUCAACCAUUCUUCAUCACCAGGAAAUCAAAAUUUUCAUCGUCAUUCAUCCUUCAGGAGUUUGUCUUCCAUGGUUUCUUGCAGAGCAUUUAGCUCAAAUGUAAACGAAGAUACUGAUGAUAUGUUUGACGAUCUCUUUAAAAAACACGGGAAAGUGGUUUUCAAAAGAUCUGAUCAGAAGUCAUCUGGUGCUGAAAUGGAUGAUGAUGCUGAGAGCUUAGCUUUUGCUGUGGCGAUGGCCAAGGUUGCAAACGAGGUGAAGGCUUCAGAUAUCAAGGUUUUGUUCGUUAAACCUCUUGUAUAUUGGACUCGAUUUUUCAUCAUUGCAACAGCAUUUUCUCGUCCUCAACUUGAUGCUAUCAGGACUAAAAUGGCAGAUCUUGCAGAAGAAAAGUUCGGGAAGGUUCCAAAUGGUGACUUAAAACCCAACUCUUGGACACUACUAGAUUUCGGUGAUGUUGUCGUGCACUUAUUUCUUCCUCCGCAAAGAGAAUUCUACAACUUGGAAGAAUUCUACGGAAAUGCAACGUCCAUAGAGUUGCCAUUUGAGGAUGAAAAGCCGUUUAGUCGGUGAAAAGCUCUUGUAUUAAGCAGUAGGCCGGCUCAGCCUUGCCUGACCUGUAAGAUGAUUGUUUUGCAACAGGCGCUAAUCCUGUUGAGGCAUGUACCGGGAAGCAGUAUUUGCCAGACCUAGAUUUAGUUUCGUUUUCAAUCUGUGUCUUGACAUUGUUUCACGGAGAUAGCGGAAUGAAUUUGUUAUGAUCGGUGUUAGACAGAUCGAGUGUUGUUGUAAGGUAAGGAUCAAAAUUGAGUGUUCAUGGCAUAUGUAAGGUAAGGCUUUAGUAAAUCAUAGAUAUAGAUCAAUGGUUUUGCUUUAGUUAUGUUUAUUUAGGAAGAAUUUGUGUAAACAAAAGUGUUUAGUAGAAAAGUUUGGUAUACAAGCUUUGUUUGGUUGUUGGCA